UCCCGCCCGGGCCCAGGUCCCCGCGCCGCGGAGCCACAGGUGCCGGACGCCCGAGAGCGCGCCGUCCCCCCGCGCGCGGGACCAUGAAGGUCGAGUUUGCGCCGCUCCACAUCCCGCUGGCGCGGCGGCUGCAGACGGCCGCGGUGCUGCAGUGGGUCCUGUCCUUCCUGCUGCUCGCGCAGGUGUGCAUCGGAAUCAUCGUGGUACUGAUCGUGCACAACUAUUGGUUCCUCUACGUCCCUUAUCUGACAUGGCUUUGCCUUGACUGGCGGACCCCAGAGCAGGGAGGCAGGAGAUCCAACUGGGUCAGAAGCUGGACCGUUUGGAGGUAUUUUAAGGACUAUUUUCCAAUUCACCUCAUCAAAACUUGGGAUUUGGAUCCAAGUCACAACUAUAUAUUUGGGUUUCACCCCCACGGAGUGCUUGUUGCUGGAGCCUUUGGAAAUUUUUGUACGAAUCAUUCAGACUUCGAGGAGCUGUUUCCUGGCUUCACUGCGUAUCUUCACGUGCUCCCAUUUUGGUUCCGGUGUCCUCUCUUUCGAGAAUAUCUGAUGACUAGCGGGUCAGUCUCAGUUUCUAAGAGAAGUGUGUCCUAUGUGCUGAGCAAGGAGGGAGGUGGAAACAUUUCAGUCAUUGUUCUUGGGGGUGCAGAAGAAUCACUGGAUGCCCAUCCUGGAAAAUUCACUCUGUUCAUCCGCCAGCGGAAAGGAUUUGUUAAAGUGGCUUUGACCCAUGGUGCCUCCUUGGUCCCGGUGUUUUCUUUUGGAGAAAAUGAACUAUUUAAGCAAGUUAACAACCCUGAAGGCUCAUGGCUUCGAACUGUGCAGGAGAAGCUACAGAAGAUCAUGGGAUUUGCUUUGCCUCUGUUCCAUGCCAGAGGGAUUUUUCAAUACAAUUUUGGCCUGAUGCCCUAUAGGAAACCUAUCCACACUGUGGUUGGUCGCCCAAUCCCUGUUCAUCGGACUCCGCACCCAAGCCCGGGACAGAUUGAGGAGUUGCAUCAGACCUAUAUGGAGGAGCUAAGGAAAUUAUUUGAAGCACACAAAAGGAAGUACGGUAUUCCCGAGCAUGAAACUCUCAUUUUUAAAUAACCGUACUCUUAGAAGACAUAUAAGAGGAUGAGAGAACAUCCCAUUGCAGGAUACGUGUUUUAAAUAAGGUGGUUUUUUUUUUCUUUGACUCUGGAAUCAAAUUUGCAACUCAAUGCAACUGAAAAGUAUUGUUUAUGGUGAUGGAUGUUGAUGUGCACCAGGUGUAAAUAAAUAAAAAUAUAGUGGGUCAACUGGAGGAGAAGGUUGGAGAUGGCUAUAAUAACCCUUCUAAUAAGACUCCUCAUUUGGGAAAGUGCAAUCAUUUCACAGGUUAAGAAAAGGGUUAGAAUUAUUCAUGUGCUCAAAAAAAAUGACAGCUUCAAAAAAAUAAUUAGACCCUUUUACCAGAAUCACAAUAAUUUAAGGUGGUGUUUCCACAAAGCAUGACAGCUCUUGCUUAGCACAGCUGGAACAGUUAGGAGACAGUGUGUAGACUAAUUUUCCAUACAGAGCUAGAGGAGAUCGUUUCUCUCUCUCUCUCUCUGUCUCUCUCUUUUCUGCUUGAACAGGCCAUUUUUUGGUGAAUAAUGUUACUUUGCACAGUUAGAUAAUAUGAUCCUUCAGGUCAUGUCAACCACCACGUUUUUAUACAACGGUGCAGAAUUUCUAUGCAGUUUUUGAAAUAGGAUGAAUCUACCAUCUGGAAACCCAUGUGGAUGAGAGCAUGUCUCCUCAUUUCUAUUCGUGCUUAGAAAUAUUCAUGCUUGUCAUUUGCUUAGAAGUAUGUUCGUUUGCUACAGACAAGGAGGUCUUUCGGGAGACCUGCUUCAGAACAUUAAAAUUCCGAAAGGUUUUCACGGUACUAGAAAUGGUUUUAAUUUUCUUCCCAAAUGGCCUCUUUGAGUAAGAGCAGCGAUGAAAGAAAGUGCUCUCUGAUUGUGAUGGGUCCAGUUACAGCGGGCUGGUCCGCGAGAGUGGGAACACUGCUCCUUCUGUUCACUGACCUCUCCCUGGGCCCUGGGCUGGGCACGAGAGAAGUACUUGUUUCCUGAAGUAUUUAGAGGUGAACCCACAAACAAACUUUGCCUUAAGGUGAAGAAUUUUUGAAACUAUACCAAAGGAUGAACCUUGUAUAAGAAAAGACACGCUUCCAGAAGGAGAAAUUGUACUGUCCUGUUGUCUUAUGACCGUGAUGGAUAAGACCACAGGGCCGUAUAUUCCUCCCCUACUCCAUUUCCAGACCAACUUGGAGCCUUCAGCCUUUCUGGUUGGAUUCCAGCUGCCCAGAGUGGGGGACAGUCACAUGGAGACACCCAGAAAACACAACAACCGUGCUUUCUUUUUUACCUGUCGGGCUCCUGUUUCAAAUAACCCUUUAGCCUCUGGUCCUCCACUGGCUGCUGAGGAGGCUCACUCCUUCCUCUUGGGAGCGGAUGAUCUCUGAAGUCCCCUCUGGUGCGUCUCUGGGGUCUCUAGCCUGGCCUUUGUACUGUCGUGGUCAUACCAUCCAGUGGGAGAUGGACGUUCAUCCGUGGACUACUUUUGCCUCCACCAUCCUCACUUGGAUUCCUCUGGCCGUGCAAAUAGUUCAAAGGACCAUCUCCCCUUUCGUAGUAUAUGGAGAACAGAAACUGCUACGGAGAUUUCUCCAGCAUCACGGAGACCUUUAGUCAUGGUGUUUCUAAGAAACGAUUGAAUUCUCUAAAUAAAAAUUGGAGACAUGUAUGGAAGAGGUUUCCUUCUUUAUAUCGCUCAAAACUGUGAAGUAACAGUUUAUUUCUUGUUAAAGUCUUUAUAGGAGAUGGUGAAUGUUUAUAUUUUCUACAUUGUGCGUGUUGCUGUACGCUUUCUAAAAGUUCUUGGUUUGUAAAGUUUUGACCAAUAAAUGGGUUUUAACAUGCCCCA